CCUGCCUCCUUCAGCCAGCCAGGCCUCGGCAAGCCGAGGGCGGGAGUCAUGGCGGAGAGUAGCCCUAUUAAUGAGGAUGCUGCGCCGUCUCUCUCCCAGUCGUCUGGCCUUGGGCCCGGCCCUCGGCGAUGGGAGCGGCUGAGGCUGGCUGCAGGACCCUGGGCGCGGUCAUUUGGCUUCCUGGCGUUGCUGGGUCUCCUUUAUUUCUUGCGGGGCCCGCUCCGGCUGCGCGACAACUUAGUGGCAGUGACUGUUUUCUUGAGCACACUGACUCCAAAAUUCUAUGUUGCACUUACGGGGACUUCAUCUUUGAUAUCUGGUCUGAUAUUUAUAUUUGAAUGGUGGUACUUCAGAAAAUAUGGCAUGUCUUUUAUUGAACAGGUUUCUGUGAGUCAUUUGCGGCCUCUCAUUGGAGGGGCAGAGAAUGCUAGUUCUGCACAGGCAACUUUUUCUGCUGCUAGUGGAGAAAAUGAAAUGAACAGACAAAAUCUUUCAGAGUGCAAAGUAUGGAGAAAUCCACUCAAUCUCUUUAGAGGAGCAGAAUAUAACAGAUAUACAUGGGUGACAGGAAAGGAGCCGCUAACAUAUUAUGAUAUGAACUUAUCUGCUCAGGAUCAUCAGAGUUUUUUUACCUGUGAAACAGACUCUCUUAGGCUUUCAGAUACAGUUAUGCAGAAGGCAUGGCGGGAAAGGAAUCCUCAAGCGCGAAUCAAAGCAGCGUAUCAAGCUUUAGAAUUAAAUAAUGACUGUGCCACAGCAUAUAUUCUUCUGGCUGAGGAAGAAGCAACUACUAUUUUAGAAGCUGAAAAAUAUUUUAAACAAGCUCUGAGGGCAGGAGAAACAGUUUAUAAAAAGUCUCAGCAUACCAGUUCACAAAUUCCACACCACGAGGCACAGCUUAGAAGAGAUACCAAUGUAUUGGUUUAUGUGAAAAGAAGACUAGCUAUGUGUGCAAGAAAACUUGGAAGAAUUAAAGAAGCAGCAAAAAUGAUGAGGGAUUUAAUGAAAGAAUUUCCUGUCCUAAGUGUAUUGAAUAUCCAUGAAAACCUCCUAGAAACACUUCUGGAGCUGCAGGCUUAUGCUGAUGUCCAGGCAGUUCUAGCAAAGUAUGAUGAUAUCAGCCUUCCAAAAUCAGCAGCAAUAUGUUACACAGCAGCACUCUUAAAAGCGAGAGCAGUUUCAGAUAGGUUUUCUCCAGAAACAGCUUCUAGAAGGGGACUUAGCACAGCCGAAAUUAAUGCUGUAGAAGCAAUACAUAGAGCAGUAGAAUUUAACCCUCAUGUUCCAAAGUACUUGCUAGAAAUGAAAAGCUUAAUUUUGCCUCCUGAACAUAUUCUGAAGCGGGGGGACAGUGAAGCAGUAGCCUAUGCAUUCUUCCAUCUUCAGCACUGGAAGCGAAUAGAAGGGGCCCUUAACUUGCUGCACUGCACAUGGGAAGGCACAUUUAGAAUGAUUCCAUAUCCAUUAGAAAAGGGACAUCUAUUUUAUCCUUAUCCCAGUUGCACAGAGACAGCAGACAGAGAGUUAUUACCAACAUUUCAUGAUGUAUCUGUGUAUCCCCAGAAAGAUCUUCCUUUUUUCAUCCAUUUUACAGCAGGGCUAUGUUCUUUCACAGCAAUGUUAGCCCUCCUCACACACCAGUUUCCAGAGCUCAUGGUCAUUUUUGCUAAAGCUUUUUUUGGAACACUCUUGUCACCUUUGAGCUUCUUGAUGGAGAAGAUUGAACGCUUCAUGCCUUCUAGUCUCUGGCAUCAGCUGACCCAAAUCUGAACACAUCUCAGUUCACAUGAACUUUUAACAUCAGCGCCUCUUGAUUACAAAAGCAUUGGCAACUAAGAGUGUGAAGGAAGUCUUACUUAGCUUUUGUUUUACAGACUGUUAAAAAUUUGCUGUACUCCUUCUUAAGCCUAAAAUAUUGUAGAUUUUAAAUCCACAAUUAAAUGCCUGUGUGGGUGAGUAGGAGAGGAUUGUUGUACUUAAGGCUACUGCUUUCUUUCUCAGAAAUUCCAGAAAGCAAUAAAUCUGAUAGAUUCUAUGUUGAAAUUCCCUUCUGAAGUGGAGAUAUGCUUAAAUGUUUAUUAGCCAAGAAUCUAACCCACAGGGCUUGUCUUACUGACCACUUGCCAAGAUGCAUGGCCCAGUAGGGGGCCCGACGCCAGCCUCCUGCUUCUUGCUGUUGCUGCAUGUUCACUUGUUUACUUCUAAAGAAGGGAGCAUUUAACAGAAAAACAAGAAGAAAGAACCAUAGCCUGCACCUGUUUACUCUCUCUACCCUGAUCUUAGGCAGCAAGAUGAAGAAAAGGGAGCAAGAAGUACAACAGAGAUGCGUUGCUAAUGUUAGUUUUAAAAGCAGAUGUUAAUUCUGCUGAAACUUGGCUCUGAACCAUACUUAAUUAUGUGGAUCUUCCAACUGGUCACUACAUAUUGUAUUUUUUGAGGAUUAUCUGAUUUACACUUUUGGAUUUAUUUAUUUGAUUCUGGGUAGCAAACAGAAUAUUAAAAUUAACAAUAAAAUCAAAAAGGGAAUAAUACACACACAUAUGCCGUGCCUAGGCCACACACAAAUCCAAUCCAAAUUGAAUAAUUGCACAAGGCCAUCAGUAUUGGGACCAUCAAUGUCUCAGGCAUAUGCUGUUCCACAGAGCAUGUACAGUGAGAGACGUAGAAAGCAUAUCCCUGUAAUAGUUCUUUAGCUUUAAAGUAGGAAAGAAUAUACAUUUUACUUUGGACAGGAUCAUUUAUUGUGCAUAAGUAAAUAUAUAGCCUGUGCAAGCCUACUCAUUUUAUUAAGAGUUUAAUUGAUUGCUAUGUAUCCAUCUCUUCCCCCAUAUUCACUGACCUAAGCAACCAUUGGCCAUUGCAAAUGCUAAGCAGGACUGACCCUGACUUGAAUUUCGAUGAAAAACUACCUGGCAAUUCUGAGACUGUUGGCCAGAUCAGAGAAAGAAAGCAAUGGCCAACUAUUUCUGUAUAGUGAUCCUUGAAAGUUUAUGAACCCUUUUAAGUUUUCAGUAUUUCUCUAUAAAUACAACCUAAAAUGUGAUCUGUCACUCACACAAUUGCUAGAACUAUAUAAAGAGAAAACCAAUUAAACAAAUGAAUUUGAACAUACUUGUUCAUUUAUUUGCUGAGGGAAAGGAAUACAAAGCUAUAUAUUUGUCUAUUACAAAAUGUAUGUAAACUUUUGCUUUCAGUAACAUUUUGGAGUGGCCUGACCUUAAUCCUCAAGAAAUGUUGUGGAAGGACUGGAAGUAAGCACUUCCAUGUGAGAAAGCCAACAAACAUCUCAGUUUGAAGAUACUCUGUAAGGAGAAAUGCAUUAAAAUUUCUUCCAUAUCAAUCUGUCGGACUGAUCAGUUACUGGAAAUAUUUAGUUGCAGUUAUUGCUACUCAAGUGGGGGCAUGCCAGUGACUAAAGCAAACAUUAACAUAGUCACACACAAAUAUGUAGCUUUGGAACAAGUUUAAUGUUUUUAAUUGGCAUUGUUUAUCCAGUUGUAAGAUUGCAUGGAGGACAGGUUAUGUUUUAGGUCAUGUUUAUGUAGAAAUACUGAAAAUUAAGGAUUUGCAAACAUUUAAACACUAACUCUGCCAAGACAACUGCUUGACUCGAGUGUUUUUACUUUUUUAUUGUUCAUCGAGGCAUAAAUCAGAAUUUAAUAAGUGGAUUAGUCACUUGCACUUGUUUCUUAAAUUGCUCAACCAUUUGUAGAGCUUGAUGGAGACUGAUACCUUAGGAGGAGUUUCUCCUAACUUCAAUAGACAAAA